AUGAGUGACCUCAAUGACGAUAUAGCAUUUUGGAAGACAAAGUAUUCCUUGUUGAAUGAACAGUAUUCCCAAGUUAAGAAACGUAAUGAAGAAUUAGAAGAUAGAAUAUUGGACAUUGUAGAUAAAGUAGAGAAUGAUAAGAUUGUUUUAUCAAAGGAAAUAGAUCACUUAACGCUAAAGUUAGAAAACGCUGAUGAUAAACUUAAAAAGUAUGAGGAGUUAUCGAUGAAGCAUGGCUAUACGAUAACUGAUCAAUGUGCGAUGGAGAGUGAUAAUUGCUCUUCACUCGAGAAUUCCAGUGUAGAAACUCCAGAUGAUCCAGUCAUAAUUAGAAAGAAGUCUUACUCUCCAAUAAUGUUAAAUGGCGAAGUUAGGAGCGAUCUUCCCGGGUACCGUCAUAUUCCUCUACUCUCACUUGCUGAAGGUUUCAUCUAUGGUUUCCGAUGGAAAAGAGAAAACGUAGUCAAAGUGGUUUAA